AUGAACCCAGUAGGUUCUAUUUAUACAUCUACGGAUGCAAGAGGUCCUCAAGCAAUGUUUGGUGUUGGUGCAUGGGAACAAAUAGUCGACAGGUUUUUGUAUUGUGCAAACUCAUCAAAGGAAACAGGGGGAAGUAAAACGAUUACAGGUGAAAAUUUACCUGCACACAGUCACUACAUAGAUUUAAGCACAUCUCAAGCGGGUUGGCAUAAGCAUAGAUAUUGGGAUUGGUCAGGAAUGACAAAAGGUAAAGGAUAUGAUGUUAAAGAUGACGUUAAGUUUGCUAUAAAUUGUUACUGGAGUGACACUCAGGGAGAAGGAAACCAUACACAUUUCGUUUCAGGAUAUACACAAACAACAGGACAAAGUAAAGAAUACAUGCCACCAUUUAUGACAGUUUACGCAUGGUAUAGAGUUCAAUGA